CUCUAGCUGCCAGUGCCGCUGUCAUGGCGUCUGAGGCGCUGUCUGAGGAGAACCCGCCGCGGUCUCUUUAGAGCGAGGGGCGGGCGGCUGGGUAUGGAGAGCGGCCCCGAGAGCCUGCAGCCGCUAGAACACGGAGUGGCCGCCGGGCCGGCGCCAGGGACAGGCUCUCCGCAGGAAGGGCGACAGGAGACCAGGCUCGCCACUGGGGAUGGUCCUGGAGUAUGGGCGGCGGAGAGCAGCGGCGGGAAGGGGCAGGGGGCGGCAGCCGCCGGGAGGAGCCUCUCGGACUCGGCUUCUCCCGCCGGCUCGCCUCGGGUUCUCGUACCCUGCAGCUCCCUCCCGGGCUUGGACUUGAAGGGAAGCGAUUUGGAGAGUCCUGCUGCCCAGAAGGCGCCUCUGACAGGGCAGCACAAGGUGACCGCCUCCCCGGAGGCAGCCGAGGCCGGAGCCGACCAUGAGUUGGGUCCGGCCGGAGACGCGGGCGCCCUCCCGGAUCCCGCCGGCACCUGCCGGGCAGAGUCGGCGGCCGCGGGCUCCGAGGAGCCCAGCAGCGGCGGCGGCCUCAGCAGCAGUUGCAGCGACCCGAGCCCUCCCGGGGAAUCGCCGAGCCUGGACUCCCUGGAGUCGUUCUCUAACCUGCAUUCUUUCCCAAGUAGCUCCGAGUUCAAUAGUGAGGAAGGAGCUGAGAACAGGGUCCCCGAGGAGGAGGAGGGCGCGGCGGUGUUGCCCCGGGCUGUGCCUCUGUGCCGAGAGGAGGAGCAGGAGGAGGGGGAGGCAGCCCAGGUGCUGGCGGCCUCCAGGGAACGCUUCCCGGGACAGUCUGUUUAUCAUAUCAAGUGGAUCCAGUGGAAGGAAGAGAACACACCCAUCAUCACGCAGAAUGAGAAUGGCCCCUGCCCUUUACUGGCCAUCCUCAAUGUUUUGCUUCUGGCCUGGAAGGUGAAACUUCCACCGAUGAUGGAAAUCAUAACUGCUGAACAGCUGAUGGAAUAUUUAGGAGAUUACAUGCUUGAUGCAAAGCCAAAAGAAAUUUCAGAAAUUCAACGUUUAAACUAUGAGCAGAAUAUGAGUGAUGCUAUGGCAGUACUGCACAAACUACAGACAGGCUUGGAUGUAAAUGUAAAAUUCACUGGUGUUCGAGUGUUUGAAUAUACACCAGAAUGCAUAGUAUUUGAUCUUCUUGAUAUUCCUUUGUACCAUGGAUGGCUAGUGGACCCUCAGAUUGAUGACAUUGUAAAAGCUGUUGGUAACUGCAGCUACAACCAGCUAGUGGAGAAGAUCAUCUCUUGUAAGCAGUCAGACAACAGUGAGCUGGUUAGUGAAGGCUUUGUAGCUGAGCAGUUUCUAAAUAACACAGCCACUCAACUGACAUACCAUGGAUUAUGUGAACUAACUUCAACGGUUCAGGAAGGAGAACUUUGUGUGUUCUUUCGGAAUAAUCAUUUUAGCACCAUGACCAAAUACAAGGGUCUACUGUAUUUGUUGGUAACAGACCAGGGGUUUCUCACUGAAGAAAAAGUUGUUUGGGAAAGCCUACACAAUGUUGAUGGUGAUGGAAAUUUCUGUGACUCAGAAUUUCAUCUGCGACCUCCUUCUGAUCCUGAAACUGUAUACAGAGGACAACAAGAUCAGAUAGAUCAGGACUAUCUUAUGGCAUUAUCUCUGCAACAAGAACAGCAGAGCCAAGAGAUCAAUUGGGAACAAAUACCUGAAGGAAUCAGUGAUUUGGAACUAGCAAAGAAACUCCAAGAAGAAGAGGAUAGACGAGCUUCUCAAUAUUACCAGGAACAGGAACAAGCAGCAGCAGCUGCUGCUUCUGCUUCUACACAGGCCCAGCAAAGCCAGCCAGCACAAGCCUCUCCAUCGAGUGGCAGACAGUCUGGGAAUAGUGAACGUAAACGAAAGGAACCUCGAGAAAAAGAUAAAGAAAAAGAAAAGGAAAAAAAUAGCUGUGUCAUUUUGUAACAAGUGUGGAUCUUGUUGGAACCAUCUGUAUGUCUUCAGAAACAAAACCAUAGGCGGAAAGGAAGAAAAACCGAUAAAUACCGUCUGUGCCUGAUUUCCCAAUGGAUUUUGUUCAUGUUUUUCAGGGGAAAGGUUGUUACUUAGUUACAAUCA